CGUCCGGCAAUGCGCUCCGGGUUACUUCCGGUGGGCGUGCGAGCGAGAAGGAGAGUUCCGGCCGUAAAUUGCAGAAAUCCCAGUUUUGAUUUAAACAUGGAUCCUUCAGAGGAUGCUAGCGCUCAGAAUCUUGGCAGCUCCACGGAGGAGAAUUAUUUUGUAACCUACACUUUCACAGAUCGAUCCCACAGCAGCAGAGUAGCUCAGAGCAUCAUGAAGCUCUGUAUGGAAGAGGAGCUGUUUGCUGAUGUCACAAUUCUAGUGGAAGGAAAGGAGUUUCAGCUUCACCGGUUGGUCCUGUCUGCUCAGAGCUGCUUCUUCCGCUCCAUGUUUGCUUCAAACCUGAAGGAAGGCCGAAACCGCGUGAUUGAGCUCCAAGAUGUGAGUGAAAGUGUUUUCCAGCUCCUGGUGGAUUACAUCUAUCACGGCACGGUUAAGCUAAGGUUGGAGGAGCUGCAGGAAACGUACGAGGUGGCAGAUAUGUAUCAGCUGACAGCGCUGUUCGAAGAGUGCUCGCGCUUCCUCGUUAGAACGGUUCAGGUUAAAAACUGCCUGCAGAUCAUGUGGUUGGCAGACCAGCACAGCGACACGUCACUCUACACAGCAGCCAAACACUGCGCCAAAACACACCUGUCUCAGCUGCAUGACUCAGAGGAAUUUCUUAACCUUCCAUUACGGCUACUUACAGACAUUAUUGCAGAUGGAGUCCCUUGUUCACAGAAUCCUACAAUGGCUAUCAAAAGUUGGAUACAUUUCAACAAGGAAGAACGCGAGGAGUUUUCAGACAUUCUGCUGUCCAGUCUGAAGGAGAUUGGUGAGAAUGUACAUAUUUACCUGAUUGGAAAGGAGGAAUCUCGCACCCAUUCUAUUGCAAUCUCCUUACACUGUGCACAGGAUGAUUCAAUCAGCGUCAGUGGGCAGAACAGCUUGUGCCACCAGAUUACAGCGGCUUGCAAACAUGGUGCUGACCUGUAUGUUGUGGGAGGCUCCAUUCCCCGACGCAUGUGGAAGUGUAACAUGGAGACCAUGGACUGGGAGCGAUGCGCCCCUCUCCCAAGAGACCGUUUACAGCACACGCUUGUAUCUGUUCCCAGCAAAGAUUCCAUUUACUCCCUAGGGGGAAAAACUCUACAGGACUCCUUAUCCAAUGUAAUCAUUUACUAUCGAGUACAAGACAAUGUUUGGACAGAAACAAGUCAGCUAGAGGUAUCAAUCUCUGGGGCGGCUGGUGUGUACCUUAAUGGUAUUAUAUACCUGAUGGGAGGAGAAGAGAAUGACCUGGACUUUUUUACUAAACCCUCACGCCUUAUCCAGUGUUUCGAUACCAAUACUGAGAAAUGCUAUGUGAAGCCAUACCUGCUACCCUUUGCCGGACGCAUGCAUGCGGCUGUGCAUAAGGACCUGAUAUUUAUCGUUGCGGAGGGUGACCAGCUGGUGUGUUACAACCCGCUACUGGACAGCUUCACUCGACUCUGCCUCCCUGAGGUCUGGAGCUCUAGACCCUCCCUAUGGAAAAUCGCUAGCUGCAAUGGCUGCCUCUAUGUGUUUCGAGACUCCUACAAGAAAGGAGAUGCCAACACCUUCAAGUUGAACCCAGCCACAUCUGUCGUGACGGUAACCAGCGGUAUCCGGUUCUUGCUCACCAACCUGCAGUUCUUACUGGCAUGAUAGUAACACAGUCAGUAUCUGAGCAGCAUGAAAUGUGAACCGUGCUUUUGCACACCUAUUUCUAGAGGGUCAACCCCAUCCGCUCAGCUGCCAGAAUGAUGCAGAAACUGGGUAGAUUGUAUUCCAAAGAGUUGCAAGGGACCAACUACAUAAUGCGGUGGGCUUAUUGUACCAGGCUUUGCUAGCAGGUAGCUAUGUGUUCUUGUUUCCUAGUUACAUUCUGCUAGGUUAUGUCCAAGUUUAUGAUCAGUGUUUGUUCCAUUCAUAACCAAGCAAAUUUAUGUGGCUUUGUAGCCAUUUUAAAAUUUUACUGUAGAAGUCCUAAAUCUAUAUUGUAGAGUCUUUCCCUACGAUUUACAUCUAGUUAGCCACUGGCAUCUUUCAAAUAAUUCACCACAAAACAUAAGCAAGAUGAAAUUAAUGUUAACAUUUGGUGAUUCCUUCUGCAACCUUUGUCUAGAAAGAGUAAUAUUAUUUUAAACAGAGUACGCAAAUAAUAGUUACAAGUUUGUAAUUAUUUUAAUUGCCCUGCAUAAGCUUGCCAUAGAGCUCAUACCCUCCGUUUUUAUAACAUUGGUUCAAUCUUGGUACCAUGUAAGUUAAAAAUCAUCAUUAUGGAACGAUGUGUGGAAACCACACCAACAUGCUCCUGAACCGACAGACUUUAUUCCACCAACAUAUUUAACCCCAAGUGGUUAUCCAGCACCUGUGUCCUACAGAGCCAACAUGGCGGGACCAGUCAUGAGCAGGACUGAGACACAAACCCAGCCAUAUAUGAUGAGGGGAUGUCUGUGUUUCUGUGAUACUCUGAUCAUGUGCAUCUCAGGGGGUCCAGCACAUGGCUUCAAAGACUUGACCUUUCUGUCCAAGUUUAUGUCUUGAAACUCUAUAAAAUAUGUAUUGCUAUUGGCAUGGGGAACUGUACGUUAAGGCUCAGGAUGUGAAGUACAAAAUAUAAUGCAGAGCAGUGCUUCUCAAACCAUUCUUCAGUCACUACCAGUGGUCCAGGGAUUAUGACUUUGCCCUUUGGAAUAAAACCUGUAGUAUUUCUGGCUGUUGGUUUCUGGUCUGAUCAGCACAGAGUUUUUCAAAUUAUAAUAAGAGGUAUAUCUUUUAAUUCAAAAAGCUGCUCCAGUUGACCGUGUCUUUAACUUAAUUACAAUGAAGACAUUUAUGAAA